AUGUUUUCGUUUAUUGCUGGUUGUGCAAUCAGUAAGAGACAUGUUUUCGUUUAUUGUUGCAACUGAUCUAUUAUAUACAAUUAAAAAAGGUAAAAAAGUAUACUGAAUUUUCGGUCACUAACUGCGACCUUCCUCAGAGUUAACUAAUGUCAAGUUGAUUGAACAAGUUUUAAAUACUUAGCGUAUGCAAAUUUACAAGGUAUGCAACAAAGGCAAAUAAGUUUGCGGGAAAAUUCUACGCUCAUUAACUGUCAUUGUCUCCUUUGUUGAGUGUAAUGACUCGAGAAAUAUACGUUUAUCAUAAUUAUGUACGCCCCUCUCUAAAAUUUCUACAUCCCCAGAGCAUACUUCGUGUCCGGUUCGUUCUGCAUGUUCCUUUAUAGCCGACUCAAUCUGCGGUCUUGUUCCCGGUUUAUGUUCAGCCCAACGGGAUUUCCAUGAUCUUUUACUUUCUCCAAUGUAAAGGAAAUUACAUGUUUUACAUUUGAAUUUGUAAACAAUGCCUUUGACUUGAGUUUCUGAUGGUCUGUCUUUCGGUUUUUUGAAUAUUCCACCCAAUGUUGUUAGUGGCUUAUACGCUGUUCUGAUAUUGGCACCAGUCAAGAUUCGGUUGACUCUCUCAGAAACGCCUUUGACAUAUGGAAUACAUGCAUAGCCUAUAUAUAUAUAUAUAUAUAUAUAUAUAAGUAACUGCGGUUGACUCUCUCAGAAACGCCUUUGACAUAUGGAAUACAUGCAUAGCCUAUAUAUAUAUAUGUAUAUAUAUAUAUAAUAACUGCAUAUAUACUAUAUAUAAUAUAAGUAACUGCAUAUAUACUAUAUAUAACUGCAUAUAUACUAUAUAUAUAUAAGUAACUGCAAUAAAAGUGUUGUAGAAGUGUUGUAGUAGCAUCUACCAAAGACAACUGUAACUGCAUAUAGAAAGCACUGAAUGUCCCUUAAACAAUAAUUGCCUUACAAAGAGCGUUGUUUAUAAAGCCGAGGUUACAGACGACACAGGACUAAUUCGAGAUUAUAUUGGGAUGACAUCAAACACGUUCAAGAAACGUUAUUACGUACAACCACAAGUCAUUAUUCAAAGAUACGAGAUAUGUUAAAUCCACUGAGCUGUCCAAACACAUUUGGAACUUGAAAAACAAGAAACGUACAUUCAAAAUCAAGUGGUCCAUUCUGAAGCAAUUAGCAUCAUCUUAUCGCAGCGGCGCAAAAACUUGCAACCUAUGCCUCCAAGAGAAACUCGAAAUUUUGAAAGGUGAUAAGAAAAGAUUGCUGAACAGGAGAUGUGAGCUAUUCUCGAAGUGUUGCCACCGGAAACAAUUCUUGGCGGGAAAAUUUGAACGUGCGCACGCAAUACCAUCACGCAAGUAGCCUAACGAACUCGCACGUAAUCACACAGGAAUUUUUUUAUUGAGAUUUAAACAUUGUCGCCUGAAGAUCGCAUCAAAGAUUAGAUACUAUAAAGAUGUGUCACUCUGCGAAAAUUAUGUCCGAGAUUUUUUUAUAGCCGCCAUUUUGCCAGUAAGUGUCAAAUUCGUCAAAAUUCGUCAUAUAGCGCGAGCAUCGCGAUGGCAACCUAUUGUAUUCAGUCUCGCCGCCAUUUUGGCAGUAAGUGUUAUGCACUCGUCAUCUCGCGUGAUCACUCGUGAUCAGCACGGAAAAUUACGGACACGCAAACAUAGGGAAAUACGUCGAGUGACACAUCUUUAUAGUAUCUAAUCUUUGAUCGCAUUGAGCGUGAAACUCAGAGUUGUGACUAUAUUUUAAGUUAACAAAUUAAAUUAUAAUAUAUAAUAUAUAUAUAUAUAUAAAUUGUUAUCUUAAAACGUUUCAGUUCAAUUUAUCGCUACUUUAAGUUUCAUGUCACUAUUUGUGACAAUCAUCAGGCGAUUAACUAAUUCAGUUCGUUAUAAUGUCGUGAUCUAUAGUUUGCUGACAUAGUUUGCUGGAACAACAUCCAAAGUUGAAAGGUGGUAUACAUUUCCUUCGACACAAUAUUAGUAUGAACCACCAGAGUUUUUGAUAACUAACAUGUAAUGUUUCGAUCAUAUCUAUUGUUAACUUCCACGAUGUCUCCUCUUCCGAAAGCGUGAAAUAUUUUUCAAUUUAAGAGCCGGUUACACUAUGUAAUAUUUUUCUAUGUCGCACUUUUAUAGUUGAAAGCGUCUAUCAAUGGGUAAUCAAGAUCAAUGAAAAUGUUGAAGAUAUUGGCUAUCACGUGGAAAGAUUGACUUCCAAUUUGAAGGGCUCCCUGGAACCACUACUUCCUCCACUUAUCGUUCAGUACAACAACAAAAUGAACUCUAUUAAGGUAAUUUAUUAGACAAUGAUUAAGGCCUACAUAAAUUACUAAACAUUGUUGUGGGAAAUUUUACUAUUUUCUCGAACGUCUUCCCGUUUCUUCUCUAGCUCUUGAAAACAUUUUUUCUCAGCAAUAAAAAUUAAGACACUGGUGGUGACAAUAUUUCUGCGGCGAUGUUUGAGCUUUAUUAGGGAGUUUGAGCUUCACGUUUCCGGGAACGGCAAACGGCAGGUUCGAACUUUCUUGGCAAAAUUUUCGUUGAACGUUUUCGUUUCAAAUUUUUUUUCUUGUGCCAAAAGAAUAGUCAUGCAUUGCAGUUUUAAAACAGCAAGUUCACUUACUCUUUAUUGCCUGAUACCAUAAAAUUGUUCUUUGCCAGGCGUCUGCCGUUUGACGUAUAACCACAGGAAGCCCAGGCUCUAUUUGCCCGCGCCCGCCUAUGCCUUCCUUAUAACGAGGGAAGGAAGGAAACAUUGAGACCAAAAUAGCCCAGACUUAGCAUAUGUCACACAAAACUAUCCUCGAUUUUUGUCUUUAAUGCAUUUCUUUCAAGAUUAAUCGAUAUCCCCUGCGAGAAUGAUGCCGUAUAACUCUCAAAACAACGAUACUUUAAUCAAAGAGCUUAAAUUCGCUUUAAAAUCCGUGAGGGAAUGAGAAAACUUGACCAAAAUAUAUCCGCGUGCCAGGUUUGCUGUGCAAAAAGCGAAAGUCGUCGAACAACUCAAAAUACACUCAACCCUGAUUGGACAACGAAUAUUAACAAACAUUUCAAAUGUUUUUAUAUAUAUUCCAUCUUUUGUAUUAUUUAAUUUUAGCAAGAUGUGAAGUGGAAAAAUUCGUCUGUUCUCCAUCUUACUCGACAAGGUUUGCAUUACUUUCUUCCACGUUACAUACAGGGAACUUUUUAAGAAAUUACAACUACAGGGGCUAAGUUUCAAUGAGGGCCUUUUCCCCACAUAGUUUAUACAGGUACAUAAAAAUCAUCCAGUGUUCCGGGGGAAGAGCUAGCGCUAUUUGAAUAGGGGUGAGUGGGUGUAUGUGAAAUAUUGUCUGCUAAUUUCAAACGCUAAUUAGUAUUUCUUUUCUCAAAAUUGUUGGCGAGCGAGUUGGAGGGCUUCAAGGCUCAACAUCACACAUUUUCCGGACAUUCCACUUUUCAUUUUUGUUUGGGUUUAACGUAGCAUUCCGUAAUUUUAGCUACAAUUAUUACAUUUUUAUCCUGAGUGUCAAUCAAAUGUUUUAGUUUCUUUCCUUCCUAUCCAACUGGGAUUAGGUAAUUUGCCGACUAUUUGACGAUUGGGGGCGUUCCACACCCACAACCCCCUUUCAGCGCCGCCCCUGCCUGUUCUGAUUUUUAUAAGAGGGGAUGUAAUGUCGAGAAUGUGAGAGAAUAUGAGAAAGCAGGCAGAUGCAGCUUUUUCAACAAAGUUAACCUUUUACUAAUGAUCAUAAGGGCCCAACUCAUCUGAAAAUCAUGCUUCACUACUGGGGCAAGCACAGGGCCUACUGAGGUAAAUGCCCCAGUAGUUAUAUAGUCAAAAAUGCCCUGGAUAUAUAGGUUGUUUAAACUCUAUUUUAGCCGGAAUUAUUUGUUCGUUGGUAAAUCGAAAAUUAGAAGUUCUAGUAGCUUGUUUUUUUAAUUUAAUCAAUUAUUUAUAUAUAUAAUUUUUAAAACAUCGUUCACUAGCUCUAUUUACCUUACGUAAGGAUGAUAAGCUUAGUUUGACAUGACUUUUUAACUGAACAACUUAUAAAAUUUAACUUUAAAGUUAUCAUAAUUAUAUACUAGUGACCUAUGGAAUAAUUAUAUAUUAGGUUAGUUUAUUUCGAACAUCUUUGACCAGCUUCCUCAAUUCUUCACGACCAUCCAUGAUGUUCUUCAGUUCCUCAUGCAGUGGUCAAUCCCGUGUGUUUCCUUAGCUGGUCCACGUAGUAAGUGCUGGUCUUCCCCUCUUCCUCGUUCCCUGCUUCGGUUCCCAAAGAAGCAAUUGACUUAUGAUGGUAGUCUCAGCAUAUACGCCGCUUCAGCGACCUUUCUGCCAAUUUAUAUGCAUAAUACCUUUACCGUUCACUUGAAUGAAUAUGGUAGAAUGUCAUUAUUCUUUUUCUAAAGCGUUGCGACUACUAAUAUUACUAAACCCCAAUGGACCAUUUGCAUUAUAGACUAAAGUUUGAUCUAGACAAAAAUUUCAUCACAGCUUGAAAAGGCAUCACAAAAUUAGUAAUAUUCCAAAGUUUCGUUGUGAAAUGUUGUAAAAUGCGGAUAAUAUAGCCUUGCGAAGUUUGCCGUUUUUCACUGGGCAUUUUGUAUCACGCACGGGAAAUUGACAGGUCAAUCGGGUGUUGGGGCAUCAAUUUCCAGUUUGUAAUACAAAAUGACUGAAAAUUGCAAAUUUCGCAAGCCUAUAUUAUCCGCAUAUUACAACAUUUCGCAACGAAACUUUGGAAUAUUACUAAUUUUGUGAUGCUCUUUCAAGCUGUGAUGAAAUUUUUGUCUAGACUUGUUUAGAUCAACAUUUAGUCUAUAAUGCAAAUGGUCCAUUGGUACAGUACUGAUUUAUAUAUUAUCUAGGAGUGACAACGUUUGUUCAGAUUGAAAUGGCGUGGAAAUGUCCAAAGGUUGAAAGUUCGAUAAAAAGUGGUUUGAAAGAUCUGAGAGAUGCCAGAGAUAAAUGUAUCACUAUCCUGAGAGAAAGCAAUAAUUUACUUCGUUUCUUUGACAAGGUUAGUUGUUACAGUAGCAAUGCUAUAACAGAAACAUGGUUUGAAAACUCGAGAAAAGUCAUUCGUCUAUUGUUUAUUUUGUAAAGUGAAUACCGAAAAUAGAAAUAAUGAUGUAAUUAGCACUCAACCGUGAUAUUUAUAUAUUAUUUAAAUUAAGCAACCUGGGACAACCGAUUUUCCACCGUUAGCUGCUAUUCAACUUCAGUUUGAGUUCGAUAGCGUUGCGAAAUUCUUUGAACUUCCAAAUCAUUUAGAUUUUCUAUUAUAUGCAUGAUUAGUUGUCGUUUGUAUUGUCUGUAGAUAUUUGAACAUAGUUCAAGAAGUAGAGUUACAGGUCUGGAAUCACUGAAAUGAUGUACUAGAGCCGAUUGUCUGGUUCAAUUAAAUUACUAACUAUAUAAUUUUUAAAAAUGUUUGGAAAUUUCAUAUGAUGCUAUGAUAGCCAAAUUGCACGGUUAGUUGACCGGAUUGGCCGAUAAUCGUGAGGAAAAUGUAUUUGAAAACCACUUAUUCCUCUGAUUCCCUUUUCGAAACAAUGCUUCUGACAAUAUAUUACGGUGGCCCAGACGCGACAUCAUGAAAUACAUUUUGCAUUUCCAUGUUUCCGCAUUUUCAACUUUUCGAAACAAUGCUUCUGACAAUAUAUUACGGUGGCCCAGACGCGACAUCAUGAAAUCCAUUUUGCAUUUCCAUGUUUCCGCAUUUUCAACUUUUGCAUUUCCAUGUUUCCGCAUUUUCGUAUUUUCAUAUUUUCGUAUUUUCGUAUUUUCAACUUUUGCAUUUCCAUGUUUCCGCAUUUUCGUAUUUUCAUAUUUUCGUAUUUUCGUACGGUGGCCCAGACGCGACAUCAUAAAAUACUUCAACUUUUGCAUUUCCAUGUUUUCGUAUUUUCGUAUUUUCGUGUUUUUAUAUUUUGUACGGUGGCCCAGACGCGACAUCAUAAAAUACAUUUUGCAUUUCCAUGUUUCCUAUUGUACGGUGGCCCAGACGCGACAUCAUAAAAUACAUUUUGCAUUUCCAUGUUUCCGCAUUUUCAACUUUUACAUUUUCAACUUUUGCAUUUUCAACUUUUGCAUUUUCAACUUUUGCAUUUUCAACUUUUGCAUUUUCAACUUUUGCAUUUUCAACUUUUGCAUUUUCAACUUUUGCAUUUUCAACUUUUGCAUUUUCAACUUUUGCAUUCUCAACUUUUGCAUUUUCAACUUUUACAUUUUCACAUUGAUCAGUAUUAUACAUUGACCGGGGCUGACAUUGAUCAGUAUUAUACAUUGACCGGGGCUGACUCUGUUUCAGGCUUUUUUAACAUAUAGAAAGGGGGCCCUAGCCCCCCAUGUUAGUCCCCCAUGUUAGUCCCCCAGUUACCUAUUUUGCCCCCACCAGUGAAAAUCACUUUUUUAAAAGAUAUUGACAAAAAAUGAAGAAUAAUUUAGUUCAAGAUGAUGUAUUAGCAGUUUUCUAACUAUUCUGUAACCCAACCUUGUUGAAUGUAAUUCCACUAAUAUUAUUUGUCGAGCACGAAAACAGCUGAACUAGGCAACUAUAACUUCAUCGCCUUGAUGAAUUCCCUGAAAUUUUCUUGUUGGGGCUGUCAAGAAUCAAGGUUUAAUUAAUUUCGCUCAUUAAUUUCACGACAUUCUACAUACAUGACAGAGUAUAUGCGGAAAGUUCCAGAGCGCUCAUAGGCUGAUGAGCGUCGGGACCUGCAAUAUUUUUUAUCAGAAAUGCAAGUAGUAAAGUACAAUUAGCAGAAAUGUUAGAACAAAUAUUAGUAUAAACCCACUAAUAGGCUAUCACAUAUCGUGCCUUCGGAUUACAUACCGUGCCUACUAAUAGAAAAUUCAAAAUGGCGGAAAAUUCGCGUUUUGCACUUUUGCCGAAGUGUCUGAUGAUUUUUUGGAUGACUUGUUGAACAAUUCUGUACUAAAAAACCCCGAAAAAAGCAACAAAAAUAUGGAAUGGCAAUUUUUAAGGGUAAGAAAAUAGACAAAAUAACAUACACUCAAUGAAAUUUUAAAAUUAAAACUGAAUUUUGUAAAACAUUUUACGCGAACAAAAACUAAAAUAUUUGUUUACCUUUACUGAAUGGUUUUAUAAUGUUUUUUGUGUAUUUUUGUAUUGUGUUUGCAGCCUAGUUGUAAAUUAAUGUUAAAGUUUAUACUAAAACAAUUAGACAACUCGGCCUCGUUGUCUAUGAGCAAAUAGUCAACUCGGCUUCGCCUCGUUGACUAUUCGCUCAUAGACAACUCGGCCUCGUUGUCUAAUUGUUAAUUCCUACUUCGUUCGGCCGGUGGGAGGUGAGAAAUAUCAUUGGCAAUUUCAACUUGCAAUUUUAGGCCGUGGACUGUUGUACGAAAAAGUUCCUUGAGGAGCAAAUUCGUGGCAACCCGCUGGAGAAUAGAUUUUCUGUGGUUCAAUGCAUAGUACCAUAUAGAUGCUCAAUUACCAAACAAAAGUUCCCAAACAAAAAACGUGCCCAAUACGGAGAAAAUGGGUGAUCAGUGAUUAUCCUCUAUUAAAUUGUAUUACAGCAAGAAAAUGUGAAAUGUUGUAUUCAAUUACAACUUACAUCGUCAGAAAGCUUACAAAAACUUUUUUAUAUCUCAAAUUGUUUUCGAGUUAUACGCUGUCAAAAACGCGUUUUUACCAAGUACCCAUGCAGUCCUUAUUGCGACAUUUUGGUCCAAUUUUCACAUUUAAAACAGCAAUAACUCAAAGACUAUUUGAUUUCAUUUUUUCGCUGUAAUAUGAAUUUAAUAGAAGAUAAUCAUUGAUCACAUUUUUUUGCUUGGGAACUUUUUUUGGUAGUAAUGUACCUAUAAUUCCCAGUCAAAUAAACAACAAAUCAAGUACUUCCCACAUGGCUGCCACGAAGCGAAAUAAUUUUGGCCAACAAAGCCCACGGCCUAUUUGUUCGCGUCGGCUUGCAAAUUGCUCAGAACAAUCUCCCUAUCAAAAUUGCAAUAUUGUGGGACAAUAUUGCAAUGUUGCUCGCAAGAGAACAUCCGGUUUGACUUAGAUACAGUAGACACAGUAGUCUCUUCGUGAUCGUUGCAGCCCUUAACUGCACCACGAUAUAAUUUAACCUGAGUUAAUUAACAUGUAAACAAAUAACUUUGAAAGAAUUGAGGAGCGGGAUAGAACGAGGAAAAUAUAUAGUUUAUAACCAAGUCGACUUUUAAUAAAGUCGCUGUAGUAUACUGUCUAAAUAAUGUACAACCGGUGCCAAUAUAAACUAUAACAAUGGAGGAAUUUCUUAAAAAAUAUUGUAUGAAAAUUACAACAGUACAAAAUAUGAAAACAUGAAAAUACGAAAAUAUGAAAAUACGAAAAUACAGAAACAUGAAAAUACGAAAAUAUGAAAAUGCGGAAACAUGGAAAUGCAAAAUGUGAAAAUACGAAAAUAUGAAAAUACGAAAAUACAGAAACAUGAAAAUACGAAAAUAUGAAAAUGCGGAAACAUGGAAAUGCAAAAUGUGAAAAUACGGAAACAUGGAAAUGCAAAAGUUGAAAAUGCGGAAACAUGAAAAUAUGAAAAUGCGAAAACAUGGAAAUGCAAAAGUUGAAAAUGCGGAAACAUGGAAAUGCAAAAGUUGAAAAUGCGGAAACAUGGAAAUGCAAAAGUUGAAAAUGCGGAAACAUGGAAAUGCAAAAGUGAAAAUUUUAUGAUGUCACGUCUGGGCCACCGUAAUAUAUAGAAGUAAAUCAAAUUAUUUACAGAAUUGGUAAGCUUCUACUUCCAAUGUCCAAAAAUACAAUUAUACGUAAGGUCAAUAGUAUACAAAUUUUGGGAUAGCGAUACUUACACCUUUGAUGUCAGCUAACCGAAGUUUUGGUCUCAUGAUACUGUAACUAUAAAGGCCGUUUUCCACUUGCCCGAAUCGUACUGUAACGUACCGGUGAGUACGCGCAGCUUGAAGAUGCCUUUUCAAAUUUACGUACUUCCAGUUGAUUCGUGUAUCAAAAUAAAAGUUCGUCGCAAGUCAACUUUUUAGCGUACUACGGAAGUAUUACCAAUCAACGUUCACUAAAUUUUGAAAUUUAAAAUUUGUUUUGAUACGUUACGGUUUGGUACGCUUGAAGUGGAAAACGGUAUUAAGGCCCUGUCACACUAUUGCGUAUCGUACUAGCGUAUGCCAGCGUAUGAAAAAUAUCACUCAUACGCCGGAAUAUACGCUGACAUACGCCAGGGGUACGUUAGGCAUAGGUUGUAUAAGUUUCAAGUACGGUCGCAUACGGUGGCAUACGCUGGCAUACGGCGAGGCAGAAAAUUUUUUUAAGCAUGUUCAAAAAUUUUGUGCGUAUCGGACGUAUGCUUUAUACGAUAAGCAUACUCUAGGCACACGCUAAAUACGCUAGAGGUACGGUACUCAUACGCUGGCAUUUCAAAGGAUUUUUUGCGUAUGAAAAUUAUUUCAUUAAUGUUCAUACGCCGGCUGCUCAUACGUUUCUCUCAUACGCAAUAGUGUGACAGGGCCUUUAAGUCUUGCACUGAUUUCUAUAUAGGGCUGGAGACAAUUGAAGUCCACAUUAUCCUCUCAAACAUUACGAAAACAACUAGAAGAUAUCAAAGCAUUGUGCCUGGACAUACGUCAGUCUAGUUGCGUUUCAACCAUCGACAAAUACCUACGUCAAAUAUCAAAUGCAAAUUACGGCGUAACAUUUGGUCUCCAGGAGGAAAUCAUCAAUACACUGGCUGCUAUUAAAUACACAUUCUCUUGCCUCAAACGAAAACAACGUGUGAUAACAACAGUAUCUGAACACUGUCAAAAAGGAAAUGAAAAUUUUAACAAAGUAUACCUAGAAGCCGUCCAAGAUUUUUUUCCAAAUAAAGAUCUAUGUACCGGGCUGGCAGGCAAGGAUUAUACUACCAAGGAUGUUGUUUUGAAACAACUUCGAAUUUUGGCAUUUGAAAAAGGAUUCUAUUCCAGUUGUGAAUUAAACAACAGAGAGGUUAUAACUAAGACAUGCUUAGACUACAGUACAAAGGGAAUUACAUAUGAUCUCCUGCCACAAGAAAGAUCACGACUCCUUAACGACUGUAAGAAAAUUGCACCAGGCCAACUGGGUGAGUAUCAACUGGUGUAGUAAGAUUUAUACUAGGGCGGUCUGGCCAACUAAGAUAAAGAAAAGAAACUAAUUCGUCAGGUAAUUCGUGGUCUAUAAACAGUGCUGAAAACAGAAGAACCAUCCAUAAAGGAGAACAUCGAACUUGAGUGGGUUUAUGAUCCCAUUAUACGAUAUAUGUGUAUAAAUACGACUUUAUUUGACCAUAUGGUUUAUUUGUUUCUAAUAAUUCGAGCUCGAGUUAUAUAUCUAACUGUUCUAUUUGAAACGUAAGGGUCCACGGUACAGUGACGGUAGGUAGUUUUCUAAAUCUCAAAACGAUUAAUAAUUGCAUGGCUAAACCUUUUCCCGCUAAAUCUGAUUAAACCCACAACAAUAUCCCUAAUCUGCGUGGCAGACGGUCAGCCCGCCGUGGACCAACUAAAACCGGGCGAGGCGAAGAAGGGAAGACCGUGGCUAUGUUUCUAUAUUUCAUUUUUCUUCACUUAUCAAUUUUCUUCUUCGCCAGGCAAAAUCCAAUGUAAUCCUACAGUUUGUCAAAAUGGAGGUAAAUGCCAAGAAAAAUUGAACACUUAUGUCUGCGCAUGUCCCAAACGUUUCAAAGGCCAACACUGUGAGAUAGACACAGGUGAGUGAUGUCCGUAGAAAUACUAAUUUCAAUCAAAGCAAUUAUUAAUGAUAAUGUAUCGAUAUAUUAGGUCCGUCUGCCAAUUUCAUUAACAUAAUUAUGGUAGCAUGCAUAUGAUUUUGGUCUGUUUAUCUGACAUAUUUAAAACUCACGUACUCACUUCCAAUCACAAUUACAGAAUUGCAGAGGAUUUUAGGUUAAGAGCUGAUCAAAGUUAAGUUUACAAAACCCAAUACAGCUGAGCGUCAAGUAAUACAAAAGAAAAUGCAUUCCAUAGAUGAUCACAGGCAGGAACAGUGGUGUCAAGUAACGAAGUAAAUGUACUUCGUUACUGUACUUGAGUACUAUUUUUGAGAAGUCAGCCAUGUAACAAAGUAAACUUUUUCUGCAGUACUUUUACUUGGAACGAAGUCGUUUUACUUCGUUAUUUUCAUUUUGUGACGAAGUAAUUCGUUAUACUUUCUAACUUUUGUUUAGUUUACGUGAUUUAUUCCUGAUUUAUUUUAAUUUUGGGAUACGUAAAAGGACCUCUAUAUGCGUCUGGGAUCUCUCGUGGCUUACUUAUAAGCAUUAUUUAUUUAAUGGAUAUCUUAUAUUUUCAAUGGGGUCUGAAAAGUAGACCAUGCUGUGAAUGAUAUUAUGAUUAGUACUUUUACUUUUACUUUUUACUUCAAGUAUUUUUUAAGGAUACGUUGUACUUUUUACUUAAGUACGUUUUGCCUCCAGUACUUUUUACUCUUACUCAAGUCAUUUUAUUGUUAAUUACUUCUCCUUUAAUUUUACUCAAGUACAAAUUCAAAGUAAUUUAGCACCACUGGGUAGGAAAGCAACAAGUUUACUUCACUACUCCAGUUACUCUUCGGCCUCCUAACUUUGACGUUUUCCUUGAGAGUCGACGUCUGUAAACUAUCUGCAAACUAUCAGUUUUUGUGAUAUUGCACUGCACAAAAUUCCAUUAGAUAAAAUUAAGCCAAACUGAAAAAGGUUUGGCCUAGAAAGCAACCGAGGGAAAUUUCCUUUUUUACAGCGAGUCAAAGUGGUAGCGAAAGUGGUGACAAUAAUGAAAACGGUAGCGGCAGUGACACUGACGGCGGAAGCGACAGUGAAACAGGAAGUAAUACUGAUGGAGGAAGUGGAACCGGAAGUGACGAAGAAAGAGGAAGUGAUACUAAUGGCGGCAGUGAAAUUUACAGCGAUACUGAUGAUUUCGCUUCGCGAUUCGAUUGAAAUAUUUGUCAUGCGUGUGCGUUUGUUAUACCGAAGUGUACAUUUUUCGGUUUAAAAUGUUCCAUUCCAUCACGAAUCGACCAUUUGAUGUAACAACUAUAAAUUAUUGUAAAAUUAAAUCUUAUAAAUCCAUAAGCACCCAAGUCCAUUCUUGCCACUCCAAUGAACGUAUUAAUUGUUAGACAUAGAACUAUUUCAACAUCUGUACCGAAAAUUGUUGUUUAUCUUCUAUAAAGGACAAGGUGCUUCGGUGACGCAAUCGUCAGAGCCUAAUUUCACCUCUGAGGUCGUGGGUUCGUCUCUCGCUGCAG